AUAUCAAUACACUAAUUCCGUUUAAAGAGCCUCACCAUUCAGUCACUCAUGUCACUUCCAGCCAACACGGCUUUCAUCGCCCUCGUCGCCGCGGACAACGGCCUCCACACAGAGGAAUACCGGAAGUGGGCGAUGUCGCAGUUGCAUUACGCCUACGGAGACACCGGAAGCGGCUAUAUUGUCGGAUUCGGUGUCAACCCUCCCGUGAAGCCACAUCACCGAGCGAGUUCCUGUCCGAUGCUUCCGGCGCCAUGUGGAUGGGACGCCCAGCUAAACAAAGGCCCUAACCCACACACCCUGUACGGCGCCAUGGUGGGCGGCCCAGGUCAGGGCGACGACUACACCGACAGCAGAAUGGACUACGUGAAGAACGAGGUGGCGUGCGACUACAACGCCGGCAUGCACGCAUCGACGGCAGCGCUGGAACACCUGGCUCUCACACAUGAGCUUCCAGCAACAUACAAGGACAUCUGCCCUUAGACAGCCUAUCCUGCUGCAAAUAUUGGCAGUAAUAAAGUCAACACGGCAUCCAUUAUUGAA